GUGUGAACAGAUCGACAAUCAGUGCGUAAUGUAUAAUCUGUAAAUAUAGAACGCCUUCCACAAAUACAAGUUUCAUCAACGUUUCUGGACCUUUCCAGGUUUUUAAAUUGGUGUGUAUGUGGCGGAAUGUUCACAACUAGAGUGAGUGACAUCACACAGAGUGGGGGAGAAGCUGUUCAACUGCUCUGAAAGAUUUCUAUUGUGUUCGUCCUCACAGCCACAAAGUUUCCAAUAACACAAAAUUUUGCAUAUCACAGUGGAUCUUUGUGGCAUAGUAUGGUAAGACAUAUAAGGUCAUAGUAUAGUAAAGCAAAAAAAGUCAUACUAUAGCAAGGCAUAGGUAAUGGUAUAGUAAGAAAUAAAAACAUUAUAGUAAACUAAGGAAUAAAAAGUGAUAGUUUAGUAAGGCAUAAAAAUGUCAAAGUAUAGUAAGGUAUAAAGUAAUAGUGUAGUAACGCAUAAAGUCAUAGGAUAGUGAAGCAUUAAAAUGUCAUAUUAUAGUAAGUCACAGAGUCAGUAUAAUAAGGCAAAAAAAGUCAUAGUAUACUAAGCCAAAGAAAAGGCAUAGAGGCCAUUGAAUCUAAUGUCCGUGUCUUUGGAUUGCGGGAGGAAGCCGGAGUAACCGGAGAGGACCCACACAGGCAUAAGGAGAACAUACAAGCUCCACACAAAAACACCCCUGAUGGCUUCUGCAUGGCAAAGUGUCCUGUCUGUGCACCAGAGGAUAGUGGCCAAUGGAGACAGGAGGACUGACCCGUGGCUGCUGGUCUACUCCCCCGUCCCCGUGUCACUCAUCUUUCUGGUUUACCUCUGUGUGGUCUGGGCCGGCCCUCGGCUGAUGAAACACAGGGAACCCGUUGACCUCAAAGUCGUUCUCAUUGUUUACAACUUCGCCAUGGUCGGCCUGUCUGCCUACAUGUUCUAUGAGUUCUUAGUCACAUCAUGGCUCUCAAACUACAGCUACCUCUGUCAGCCUGUAGAUUACAGCACCAGCCCAUUGGCAAUGAGGAUGGCCAGAGUUUGCUGGUGGUUUUUCUUCUCCAAGGUCAUAGAGCUCUCUGACACGCUCUUCUUCAUCCUGAGAAAGAAGAACAGUCAACUGACUUUCCUUCAUGUCUACCACCAUGGCACCAUGAUCUUCAACUGGUGGGCGGGAGUCAAGUAUGUGGCUGGAGGACAGUCAUUCUUCAUCGGCCUGGUCAACACCUUUGUUCACAUAGUGAUGUACUCUUACUAUGGCCUGGCUGCGAUUGGCCCUCACAUGCAGAAGUACCUAUGGUGGAAACGAUACCUAACGUCUCUGCAGCUGAUGCAGUUUCUGAUGUUCCUCGUGCACACGGGCUACAACCUGUUCACAGAGUGCGACUUCCCCGACACCAUGAACAUGGUGGUGUUUGGUUACUGUGUCACCCUCAUCAUCCUCUUCAGUAACUUCUAUUAUCAGAGCUACCUCAGCAAGAAGAAGCAGAAAUAAGACGCAGUGGUGAGGCGUUGACACACAAUCGAACACACUGAGGCUUUAAUGAGAGGCGCUUACGCGAUAGUGUGACAAAGUAUUUUGCACAGUGAGUCAAGUGUUCUGUGUCUGCAGUCCCCACCAGUGUCCACUAGAGGGCACAACAUGUCCACAGUGUGAAGGUUUUUCUAAUGGUCCUCAUCAACUGUCUGUUCUACACAAACUUGAACAUUGAAUAUUUUACAGACAUAUACAACUAAUGUGAACAAGCUCAGUCCUCUCUGCAUUAUUUUUAAUGUAAAAAUGACGAACAUGAUUGUUGUAAACAAACUGUACAUUUUAUACAUACAAUAAUAAAGUAGGUUGGUCUCUGCAUUAUUGCAGAAUUUAUUAGCCCAAACCCUCCUCAGUAAAUAAAUCCAAAAGCAAAAAACACAAAAUACAGAAAUGCAAACAUUUUUUUUCCACUGCUAAAACAACACGGCAAAAUGAUAUAUUCUUUUCUACACUUCAGUCUAAAGUAGAUUGAAACAUGUAGAUUAGAGAGGAAAAAACAUGAGAGGAGGGAAAGGUUUCAUUUAAAGUCCAUUCAGGGACUUUGUAGUGACUGAAGUUUAUGUAUUAAAGCUGAAAGAACUGCAUGUGUAAUCUCAGCCUGAUUGUACUGUAAGCGUGCAAGUCUUCGCACCAAGACAAAUUCUCUGUACAUGAUGAGUUCUUGGCCAAUAAAUGUGAUUCUGAAUCUAAGAAGGAAA